AUGGAGGAGAGACGCAGCGUUCAUAGCUUACACAGUUUGCGCACCUCUCGCAGCCAUCCCGGGCCCCGUCCGCUGUCCGAUAUCAGUUUCAUUGACGAAGAGGUGUCGGCCCCCUCUCCUAUUGACUACCCCUAUGCGGGCAGCGGUGGUGACACCCAUUACCAGACCACUCGUACACCGGUUGUACCCGUGAGUUAUGGUAACGCGGCGGUGACGGAGGCGGUGGGGGUGGCCGCGAAGCUCCGGCACCAGCAGUCGCUGAAUCUCGGCAGCGGAGUCGGGUCGCCGGCGCCCGGUCUCGGCGAGACGGCCCCCCUUCUCGCCAAAGAGCCUCAAAUGGAGAGAUCCCGGAGCGCGCCCUUCGCCUCCAGUAUGCAUCCGAUCGCCGCUAACCUCCAGUACAACAACAACCAGACAUCAGGUGCGAAUCAGAGACACAUGACUCCGGGUUCUGCGGCGGCGGCGGUGGCCGCCCGACAGACGGCAGCUCUCAAUAAUCCAUUAGUACAGGGAUAUCAUCUGUUGGCCGAACCCAACAGAAUCCAUGAGACAAUGACUGACUAUUUAUAUCUAUGUAUAUCUCUUGUAUCGGCCGGAGAAAUGGUGGUCAACACCGCAAACACGCCGACAGCGACUACUACUACUAACUUCUUGUACACAACGACACCGACACCCGCGCCGACCAGUCUAUCCAAUGUCUUACCACUACUUCGACAACAACUAUCACUACCACUACUUCUACUAUAA